AUGUGGCCCACAAUGUCAUCAUCACGUGUCAAUUCAUUCGCCGAGAUUUGGAUCGUAUCGCAUCGGCGGACACGAGAACAAAGCAUGGACUUUAUUCGCGGCCCUGUAGACGACGUCGCUCGAAGUGAGAACUUCCCAGUCAAUGGUUUCCGUCUCAUGGUGAUGCUUGCAAGCUGUAUCCUCGUAGCGCCUCUCAUCCAUUUAAUGCAGAGCGAGACUUCCCGUCACUUGUUCAAUAUAAUAGCAGGUCUAUUUGUUGGUGUCUUUGUGUUCGGAACAGCGGUGUUACAUACGAUUAGCACAGCCGUGAUGGUAUAUCUGCUUAUGCUUGUAGCUCCAAGAGAACUUGUUGGUCGCAUUGUACUUCCGCUGCUGCUGACGUAUCUCGUUGGAAUUCAUUACUAUCGUGAAUUCCAUCGCCCAGACAUUGUGUGGGACUCGGCGCAAAUGAUUUUGACACUGAAGCUCAGCAGUGUCUCUAUCAACUACAGCGAUGGUGGUCUGCCCAAGGAGAAAAAGACGCCUACGAUGCUUAGAAAUGAGCUUUACGAAAUUCCGGCUCUCAUUCCGUACUUUGGUUUCGUUUUCUUCUUCCCGACGUAUCUUGCCGGUCCAGCAUUCGAAUACAAGGACUACAUUACUUGGAUGAAGGAAAUUCGUGUUGCCCCCUUCCUGGUCCACCUUCGCAACCUUUUCGUUAUACUGAUUUCAGCGGCAGGCUUUUUCAUGUCGCUGCAAUUUUCAGUUGAGGAGAUUGACUCGCCUAGCUUUUACCCAAAGUCCUCAUGGGCUGUGCGUUGCCUCUACAUGUGCGUUCGUGUCGUCUUGUUCCGCUUUCGCUUUUAUUUAGCAUGGUCGUUAGCUGAAGCCGCGAGUGCUGCUGCUGGCGUUGGCUACGUGCAAGAAACUGGAAACUGGAAUGGCAUCACAAAUAAUGAUCUUCUCUGUGUGGAAACUCCUACCAACUUUCGUGUUGCAAUCAACAACUGGAAUAUUGGCGUUGCACGAUGGAUUAACACUUAUAUCUACCAGCGUGUUGGUCUGUCCAAGUCAGGAAAGCCUACCAUAUUGUCCACGAUGGCUUCAUUUUUCGUCAGUGCUCUAUGGCAUGGGCUGUCGCCGGGCUAUUACUUGUUCUUCCUUUCAGGCGGUAUCUACAUUGAAGUUGGAAAACAUCUUCGCCGUCACCUGAGGCCGUACUUUCAUUACACGGAGGAUCGCAAUGCACACUCGCACGCUAUCUUCUUGUCGUACUUCAAUGGAACCUCCCACCCAUUGGCUUUUCUUUAUGACGUAAGCGGUGUAUUGUUGACGUGGAUGGCGAUGCAGUACGUUGGAGUGGCGUUUGAGAUCAUGGAUGUGCGUCGAUGCCUUGCAAUUUGGAGCUCGUGGUACUUUCUUCCGCAUGUUGUGAGUAUUAGCUUGCUGGUGUUUUUCUACCUCUUCCCACAACGCCGUAUUGCGUUGGGCGAGAAGAAGAAACUUUGA